AUGUGUGAUCCACUUCUGUUUCGGAAAAAUAAUAUUUCCAUCAAUGUCGCUUUCAAAAAGCCGAAAAGAAACAUAGUGCAGCGCAGGGUAUUUACUGAAAACGAGGAUGACGAUGACGAAUCCAUGGACUUUCAGGAGACGGUGCAACCUGAAAGGAAACCUAAGAAAAAAGAGAAAGACAAAGAUAAAUCCAAGCCUAACAAACUUUGCUCAGCUUCGAUGCUGAAGAAGAAGGUGAAGUUUUCCAAGUGA